GAAGUAUUUGGGGUUAAGAAAUUUUUAUAUUUCUGGAGUUUUGCGUGCAACACACUCCUUCAUCCAUCUAACAUGCUUCUUUUACCACAAAUAUCUUCUCUUCUUCUCUAUAAAAAAAAUCUAUCAAGAGGUAACGCGAAUUAGUUUUGUUACUUUCUGGGUAUUUGUAAGGCUCUAUUCGUAAUCUCAAUGUUUCAAAAAACUGCCUCAAGGAACGGUUCAUUCCCCAUCGUGGUAGACGAAUCGGUUACUGCAUCGGAGUAUGUCCUGUAUCAUUUCCUGAACCGAGACUGGUCCGAAAACCAUCCAUUCAUUAAGAAAGGUCCAGGAACUUGAAUUGCAAUAAGUUCAUUAUCAGUUCUAGGACCGAUAUGGAUUCCGAAUUGAAUCUAGCACCAAUAAUAGUUCAAUAUCAGUUCCAGUACCGGUAGGGGUUCAGUAUCAUUUCGAAGACCGGUAUUAGUUGAGGAUUUCUACUAAUGGUGCGGGGUUGGGAUCAAUUACAGGACCGAUUCCAGUAUCAGUUUGAAGUCAGGAUAUGUUCCAAGAUCAGGUCAGGAUAUAUUGGGGAUCUCUAUCAGGAUAUGAAAUGGUUCGGGGACAGUUCUGGUGUAGGCUUCAGUGUCAGUUAUGUUCCAGGACCUGUAGGGGUUCAUAACCGGUAUGGAUUCUCUAUAAGUUCCAGAACCAGAAAGGGUUCACUAUCAGUGUUGUGAGCUAACCUGGACCGGAUGGAUUGCUACUAGUAACUCACCGUUGGCGCGUGAGUGAUCAUCGGUUGAUGUGUGCGUGCAAUCCAUCCGGGUCAUCGUUUGCGCGGUCAACGGGGUCGACCGGCGAACACGCCGGCACUUGGCAACUGGCAAUAUAGGAUAGCGCACGGAACGGGAACGGCGGGAAACAGUCUUCGUUUAUUUUACGUUAGAACGUCUUUUAUUUUAAUAUAGUUUUAUGUUCGUUUAUGUUACAAACGCGUGUACCUCUCUGAGUAAUAAUAGCAUAGAAAGAAAGGAACAUAACAGUGGCGACGAGGAGUAAAAAAAAAACACAGAAAAAGGCUUGUGAUUAGUUGUGUGCGAAUUUAGUGCUGUUCAUAAAAAAAAAAAAUUACGCGACCGCGAGCAAAGCGUAGAAGGAUGAACACCGGCGAAAAUGGUGCACCGGACUUCUCUAUGGAAGUGGACCAGAGAAGAGCAUCUCUGCUGCGUGCGAGUGCGUUUGCCCCGUCGCAGCAUCUUUUGCCGCCCACCAGCGAAGGGCAAGCGUCGAUGGUGCAACCGCCAUCGCAGAAUGCAGCUUCGCAGCCAUCGCCAGCCGCAGUUCCAGCGCCCACCACCGAUUCGGCGAUGAUGAUGCAGAUGAUGCAGCUAAUGCAACAGCAGAUGCAGCAGCAGCAGAAACAGAUGGAGCAGCAGCAGCAGCUCAUUUCGCGUAUGCUGCAACAGCCACAGUCACUAUCACAGCCGAGCCAGACUGUUCCCUCACAGGCCGUUGCCCCCGGCAAUCCCGAACUCAUCAUGGAAGCGUUGUCGGGCAGCAUCAUGGAAUUCCGCUAUGAGGCGGAGUCGGAUAUCACCUUUGCUACGUGGUUUGCCCGAUAUGAGGAUCUUUUCGCGCAAGAUGCCUCUCGUCUUGAUGAUGCAGCGAAAGUGCGCUUGCUGGUACGCAAGCUGGGCCCUGCAGAAUACGCGCGCUACGCCAGCUUCAUACUGCCAAGUGUCCCUCGUGAUGUGCCGUUUGAUGAAACGGUUAAGAAGCUGACCGCUCUAUUUGGGAGAGCGGAAACCCUCGUGAGCAAGCGAUAUAAAUGCUUGCAGCUGAUUAAAUCACGCAAUGAAGACCUGUUGUCGUUUGUCUGCCGCGUUAACCGCUCUUGUGUUAAUUUUCAGCUAUCGGCGAUGAGCGAAGAGCAGUUCAAGUGCUUGAUACUGGUGUGCGGCUUGAAGGACGAUGCCGAUGCAGACGUGAGGACGAGAUUGCUCUCCCGCAUCGAGGAGAGAGCCGAUGUCACGUUGGAGCAACUCUCCGCUGAGUGUGAGCGAAUCUCCAGUCUAAAAGUGGACAGCGCCAUGAUCGCUACUCAGGCGGAGGAGAAAGUCCUAGCGAUACACAGUGCAAGUAGAAGUAAAGUGCAGCAACAGAAACAACAAACACAGGGUUCGCCUACAGUUAGACACCGGCUCCGAUAUAACUGUCAUUGGACGAAAAAUUUGGCAGCAGCUUGAUGAGCCAACAUUGAGACCGGUAGAAGUCCAUGCGAGAACAGCGUCUGGUUCUCACCUUCAGCUGGAUGGUGAAUUCUGUGCUCAGGUAACGAUUGGGGACAUAACGAG